CAAAGUGGAAUUAAGCCAGAAAGAGGCGUACUGAAACGUAGAGAGAGAGAGAGGGAGAGAGAGAGAAGGGGGAAGGGACGGCAAUGGGGGAUCUCUUUGCAUGGCUAAUUUCCUUUUUUCUCGUCAUCGGUGUAAUCGGCGUAAUUCUAUACCAGCUAAUGUGCUUGGCGGAUCUUGAAUAUGAUUAUAUCAACCCUUACGAUUCGGCAUCUAGAAUAAAUAAGGCUCUUUUGCCUGAGUUUGUUGCUCAAGGAGUUCUGUGCUUCCUCCAUCUUUUUACCGGACAUUGGGUUAUGUUCUUGCUCUGCGCUCCAUACGCAUAUUACAAUUUCACAAUAUAUACUCGAGGGCGGCACUUGUUAGAUGUAACUGAGAUAUUUAACCAGCUCCCAUGGGAGAAGAAGGUACGAUUAUACAAGCUCGGAUAUCUGGUCGUUUUUCUAGCUCUGACAAUAUUCUGGAUGAUUUGGAGCAUCGUGGAUGAAUGAGCAAUCCGAGUUAUAUGCUCUCAUGUACUAUAUGUUCUGUAAGCCUAAAGCCUUGCUAAUUAUAUGUUCUGUAAGCUCUUGUUAAUUAUCAUUCUUUGACGAGUUUUUUUUUUUUAAAUAUAUUUUUUUUCUUUUUUG